AAGGUAAACCUGCAAGACAAAACAAAACAACAACAACGUCUGGCAUAUCCAUGAGCCUGAUCACUUGCUCACAAUGAGUGAGCUUCUUACGUACCUGCAAAACAAUGAGCCCCAGUUCCGCAAAGCUCGUCUGGCCGCCCUCUAUUCCGACUUUCGCUAUCUCCUGACUACAAACCCUGACGGCUACUCCGCGAACCUCUCAGCUUGGCGCACCGGCCUCUCUUCCGCUGCCAAAGCGGGCGUUCUUCCAAAUGGCGACCACUUCUCUAUAACGUUCGACGAGGAACUAUUACGGAGUCUAGAGACUAAAGAAUGGGGGCGGCCGUUAAGUCUCGGAACCGUGGUCAGAGAAGCGGUUGCGGGUGCGAAGACUGGGAAGGGAGAGGGGAGGUGGUGGAUGGAAAAGGAGUUCUUGGAGAAAGAGGACAGUGUUUACACGAAGGGUUGGGGAAUAAAUAUACAGGUACCAGGACCGGGAGAUGUUGUGAGGUGGGGUUUACGACAGCUGGGCCUUGGUGGGAAUGAGGAUCGGCUUGUUACUGGGAAGGUGGUUGUGCUAGAGAAUCUGGAGGAAGCUGGAAGAGAAGCACAAAAGAGGCUUGAGGGCCCGAGAGGGAGGAUUGAGAGGAUACUCUCCAAAGAUGAGUUUAAAGAGAAGGUGGAAGAUGUGUUUGGAGAAAAGAAGAAGCUCUCUGGUAGGGAUAUGGAGCUGCUAUUACGUUUUUUGGCCAGAGACAAGCAGAUUCUGGCUUACGAUGGCGAAACUGUAAAGGUCAAGGCGCCCAAUGAGAAGGUAGCCGCUCCGAUCACAACAGAAGACACGACGAUCGCCUCGUUGAAAACUCUUAUCAAGGAUCUGGAAAUUCAGACAACGGUGUUGUCCAAGAGGAUAGACGAACUUCUCCUCACUGCUAAGGAAGCAGCUGCCCGGAAAAAUACAGUGGCAGCUCGCGCAGCAUUACGAUCGAAGAAGCUAGCCGAAACGACGUUGGUGAAAAGACAUGCUACCCUAGCGCAGUUGGAAGAGGUAUUCGCCAAGAUUGAACAGGCCGCUGAUCAAGUUGAACUUGUCCGAGUUAUGGAGGGAAGCACUAGAGUCCUGACUGGUUUCAAUCAAGAGGUCGGAGGAGUGGAAAGAGUCGAUGAUAUUGUUGAUCAGCUACGAGAGCAGAUGAGCCAGGUCGACGAAGUUGGAAAUGUGAUUACCGAAAUUGGCCAAGCUGGAGCUGUUGACGAGGGCGAAGUUGAUGACGAGCUCGAGGCUAUGGAGAGGGAAGAACGAGAGAAGGUGGAAGCUAAGGAGAGGGCAGAAAGGGAAGAGAGAGAGAGACAAGAAGCAGCAGAGACGAAGAAACGACUAGAUGCCUUGGAAGAAGUUGAACGCUCAGCCAAAAAGCAAAGCGAGGAAGCGGACGUGGAGAAACGGCUUAGUACAAGCACUGAAAGUCUGAAACGCAUGUCACUGGAUCCGGAGAAUGUUGCAGCAUGAUCAAGCUUGUUAGAUUUUGUAUAUGCACAUGAUAUCGGCGCUACGGAGUUGUGGUUUAUGGUACAUAUAGCUUUAGCAUAUUGCAAGGCUAGGGUUGCAUAGGUCUUACUGUAGCAAUAUUUGAAGCCAAUCCAGCAUCUGCUUCCAGAGCUUCGAGUUUUUCUUGAUACUGUGAUGAAGGUGGGGGUUCUGAAUUGGUCUCGUGGAAGAACCUGGUCUGAGAAGCUAGCUUUUC